GUAAACAGUAGAAUGAAGGUGAGGCUUUGAGGCUUGUUCUUCAAGGCAAUAGUAUUCAGUAGAGGGGAAGACCUUUAGAAAUAGAGUCUACCAUCAAAGCCCAUCUUGCAUCUCCCGAUAUUUUCAACCAUCCGCCCCUGUGAGAUUUAUGCCGUUCCCCUCUUUUAGCAUUGCUAACAUGAUCACAGAAUAAUUCUGAGAAGACAAAACUAGUUUAUAGUCCGCGUAUAAUUGAAAGAAAAGGCAGAAUGGCUCAUCGAAGCAUCGAGAUGGCUGCUACUCCCAUCAAGGGCGUCGAGCUAGAAGACUUCCAGGGAGACUCCAGCACCACAAUGCCUCGCGCUCCCGAUGCAGUUAUCACGCAUUUCUGCCAUCUAACAUAUCUAGAAAGGCACGGACUAAGAGACCUGCAUAUUGCCUGGCUCAAGGUUUCCCACAACACCACAGACCUUCCCAGCCUUUGCCCAAUUACGCAGUCUCAACGCGAGUCCUUCUUCUUCAGUAUCUUCUCUGACUGUGAAUCUUCCAAACCUCUCUACAAUCCAGAACUCACAUUGGAUCUCUCCACAGAUGGAAAGAUUGAAGUUGGCGUAUGGAGCCAAGAUCUCCCAGUCUCGCGCGAGGAACGCAAACGUGCCCUGGAGAAUGGCAGGCUGAUCAAAAAGUGUUUAUGCGUCCUUCAACGUAUAAGGAUGACAAAGACAACCGUGAUCGAAUUCCUAUAUAUGGACGCUGAUGACGAGCUUGGUGAUCCAGAGUACGUAAAUUUCGAGCCGCCCGGCUCGACUCGUGUAGAUGCCUACACGCGAAGUAUUAAGGAUUAUGACACGAGCAAGGCUUCCCCGGUUCAUACAUUUAAUCUCGAGGCCAUCAUUCUUACUGCUCGCAAACGAAUCGUCAAACAUGCCAAAGCCGGCGUUAUGAAAGGUCGACUGCCCACAGAUACAGGCCACAGAGUCCCUGGGCGAUUUGGUACAGAUCCGAUCUGGCCCAAAAUCGAGAGUGGUGACGCCUGUUGGGGGACAUGA